UCCGCCCCUUACUGGGUCCAGCAUGCGCGAUGGCUUCAUCGCCUGAAGAGUCCACUCUUCUCGGCUUGUGCGAUGGAGAGAUUGACGAAAACAAGCACCAAUCUUCCGUCUUCACCAACAAAAUCGGAGGACUUCCGGACUGGCUGCCCGGCCUUCCACGCCAGUCUCCCCUCUGUAGGCGCUGUUCAUCCCCGCUAACCCAUGUGGUGCAGGCGUACUGUCCCCUGGAGGAAUCCUCCUACCACAGGGCCAUCCACGUGUUCGCCUGCCCGGCUGUGGAGUGCAGAGGCCGGGCAGAGAGCUGGACGGCGAUGCGCUCUCAGAGCCUGGAAGCCGAGGUGAGAGCUCAGCGGACUAGCAGGAAGCUUGAGCCGGCGGAGGAGGCGCCUCUGUCGGCUAGCGACUGGUGUGACUCCGCUGAAGAUUGGGGCGUGGAAGAAGAGGAUGGUGGAGCUUUGAAGAUGGACAAGCAUGUCCUGAAGGAGGAACCAGAAUUUCGCCAAGCGCCUGAAGGGGACGUCGUCAACGGACUCGGCCUCCUCCAUCUUGCAGAGGGGCAGGUGGACAGUCCCCUCCUGCGCGCCUUCUUCAUCAGCGUGGUGGAUGAGUCGGAUGUGGCGGCGGAGGAGGAAGACGGGCUGGCGCACGCCGAGGAUCUGCUGAGGGACUACGAGAGGAGAGAGGGCAUAGCCGUGGGGGGCGGCGGGGACAAAGGCGGCGAGGAGAAGUACGAGAAGAGCCGAGCCCGUCACGGCGACGCCGUCUUCUCCAGGUUCACGAAGAGGAUCUCGUCGUGUCCGCAGCAGAUCCUGCGGUAUUGUCGCGGAGGACCGCCUCUCUUCAUCUCGGAGCCGCCGACGGACGCGGGCCAGCUGGUGGCGCCGUGCGGCUCUUGCGGAGGCCCGCGGACCUUGGAGCUGCAGCUGAUGCCCGCACUGGUCAGCCUGCUGCGCUGGAAGGACGGCGGGGGUGAGGCCGAUCUGGAGUUCGGGACGGUUCUGGUCUACACGUGUACUCGGAGUUGCUGGGAGUCGCCGCGGGCGGUGGAAGAGUUCUGCCUUGUUCAAAUGGACCCGGACCAGCAGCUUUUUAAAUAA